UGGGGAUAUGGAGAGAAAAGCUUGCCAAGUUUUGUGUAGAUUGAGAAAUGAAGGAGAUGAUGCAAAAGAGGCCCUGAAAGAAGUAUUUUCUUCAAAUUAUACAAAGCAAAUUGAUCCAGAUUUUGGGAGCACCCGUGAAACAGUUCUUCAGGUUAUUUCCAAUCUAACUUCUGUUCAAUCAUACUUUGAUGUUUUCUCAAAAGAAGUUGACCAAGAGGUUAUGGAACUAGAGGAGGCUGAAAUGGAAUUGGAUAUUAUUCGAAAGGAGCAUGCACCACAAGAGUCCUUAAAAGAUUUCAAAGAAGAGCAUCGAAUCCCAUAUCUUACCUCUUCUGUAAAGGAUGAUAACCGUCUUCAACAGAUCAAGGACAGCAUUCGAGCCUUAGAGAAGUCCAAAGUCCAAGAGGAAAUAUCUGCACGCAGGCAAAAGAAACUUCUCAUGAGAUGUACGCGUCAAAAAUAUCUGGAAGCAGCAGCUUUACGAGAAGCAGAGCUUCUGCAAGAACUUGAUAGGGAGAGGACAGCUGAACUAGAAAAGGAGAUUGAAAGACAACGGUUGCUGGAACUUGAGCGUUCAAAGACCAGUGAGCUUCGGCAUCAACUUGAGAUGGAAAAGGAGAGACAAAUGCAGAGAGAACUUCAGCGUGAACUGGAACAAGCUGAAUCUGGAAUACGAUCACGACGUGACUUCUCUUCCUCUCACAGUAGCCGACCUCGGGAUAGGUACCGUGAAAGGGAAAAUGGGAGGUCAGGUAAUGAAGGGAGUGCAAGAACAAGCACUGGGAGCUUGCAGUCUGAAAUUAGUGCCACAACUUCUAUGGCAGCCGCGCCAACUGUUGUCCUGUCUGGCUCCAGGUCAUUUUCUGGUCAGCCGCCAACUAUUCUACAAUCACGUGAACGUCUUGAUGAAUGUGGCAGCAGUUACGAUGAAAAUUUAGAUGGAAGCAAGGAUUCAGGAGAGACAGGUAGUGUCGGAGAUCCAGAGUUGGUUUCAGCAUUUGAUGGGCAUUCUGGUGGUUUUGGGUCAGCUCAGAGGCAUGGAUCUAGAGGGAGCAAGUCUAGGCAGCUAAUGGAACGAAGAGAAAGGGAUGGCAGGCGUGAAGGAAAGUGGGAAAGAAAACAUUCAUGAUACAUGACUGUAUGCUUAAUGAGUUUGUAAUGGUUCAUGGACUCCAGAGGUUGUUGCAUUGCCAAAUAGGGGUAGUUAUAUACCUCACAGAGGAAUCCAAAGGUAAAGAAAGUAUUCAGAACAUAUCCGGAAAGAAGGAAUUGGCCCAAAAAGUUUAAAGACAAUUAGAUUGGUGUUGUAGGACAGUGAAGAAAUUCUGUUUAGGUAUGCUCUUUUAGGUGUUUCAGAGUAUGACCGUUGAGCUCUUCUGUUGUUGUAGCUUUAUCAUUGUUGAUUUAUUAGAAUUAUAACAUCUUGUUCUCUCACAUUGAAGAGAAAAAUGUAUAUGUAAAGAAAGGUACAUAAUCUCAUAUGAUACUCCAUCAGCCUUCUGCUUGUGAAUAAUUAAAACUUUCCAGUUUAAAGGGAAUCUAAUUGUGCCAAAA